GAAAUCUCCAUAUCCUAUCCGCUGCUUUUUCUUUUCCGUUCCCCCUCUCCUCUUCCGUCACAUACCUCAACUUCAUCCAUCUCCCUUCAGUCGAAGCCUUACUUGUUCUCUAUUUCGUUUUUCAUUUGGUUCCUGUUCUUUUUAUCAUUCUUGACCAACUCUAGUCUCACUCGUUAGACAUUUGUUUCUAUUUCUCUUCUUCUUCUUCCAGCUUCACCCCUGGCCUCUGCGCGCUUUGGUCAGAGCAGCCUUCUACGGCCGCGCCCUUUCGAUUUCAAGCAAUUCCUAUCCAACCAGAGUCAACUCUUCACAAUGAGUAACGAAGGAGAAAAAGCCAGAGUCUCCGGCGAGGUCUCUCGCCCUGAGCCUCUCCUGCCCACCGUCAAUCCCGCCGCUGAGAAGUCGGAGCCUCCCAAGCCUACCUUCCACCCUGCCGUCUAUGUGAGUGUCUGGAUUGCUUUGAGUUCCAGCGUCAUCCUGUUCAACAAGCACAUCCUGGAUUAUGCCCAAUUCCGCUUCCCUAUCAUCCUGACAACAUGGCACUUGGCAUUCGCGACUUUCAUGACUCAAGUUCUCGCCCGCACAACAACUCUGCUCGAUGGCCGCAAGUCUGUGAAGAUGACUGGACGGGUCUACCUGCGCGCUAUUGUACCUAUUGGUCUUUUCUUCUCCCUGAGUUUGAUCUGCGGUAACGUGACAUACCUGUACCUGAGUGUUGCCUUUAUCCAGAUGCUGAAGGCAACAACUCCGGUCGCUGUGUUGCUCGCCACCUGGGCUAUGGGAAUGGCCCCCGUCAACCUGAAAGUCCUCUUCAACGUCGCUAUUAUUGUCGUCGGUGUCGUCAUUGCCUCGUUUGGUGAGAUCAAGUUCGUCUUCAUCGGUUUCCUGUUCCAGAUCGGCGGUAUUGUCUUCGAAGCCACCCGUUUGGUCAUGGUUCAGCGCCUUCUCAGCUCUGCUGAAUUCAAGAUGGACCCUCUCGUUUCCCUGUACUACUUCGCUCCUGUGUGCGCUGUGAUGAACGGUGUCACUGCCUUGUUCGUUGAAGUACCUAGCCUGACUAUGGGCCACGUCUACAACGUUGGUGUCUGGACCUUGCUGGCCAACGCUGUUGUUGCCUUCCUGCUCAACGUUUCCGUCGUUUUCCUGAUCGGAAAGACUUCCUCCCUUGUCAUGACCCUGUGUGGUGUACUGAAAGAUAUCCUUCUUGUCGCUGCAUCGAUGAUGAUCUGGCAAACUCCUGUUACCCCUCUCCAAUUCUUCGGUUACUCGAUUGCUCUGAUCGGUCUGGUCUACUACAAGCUUGGUGGCGAUAAGAUUAGGGAGUACGCCGGCCAGGCCAACCGGUCCUGGGCCGAGUACGGUGCCAACCACCCCGCUCAGCGCAAAUCCAUCAUCAUCGGUGCUGUUGUUCUCAUCUUCUUCCUGCUGAUCGGCUCAAUGGCGCCCAGCUACGCUCCCGAGUCUGUGGACAAGGUCAAGGGCAUGCUUGGCGGCGCAACUGCUGGAAAUGCCUAAAGGACGCCGAUAAAUCUGCAUACAGAAAGAGCAUGCGAGAAUGCUCCUAUGAGAUGCGGCAACGCAGAUACUGCUGGGUGAGAGCUAUUCGUUACCUGUUGGCGGUAGCAAAAUAGAAUGCAAGAUUCCAUACGGCAGGAGUCUGGCUUAAUACUUUUCAUUCACUUUUCAUAUUGAGGCCCUUUGAAGACAUGUCACUGGCCAUAUAUUUUCUUUACCUCACCCUCUCUGAAUUAAUGCGCGCUUCUGUU